AUUUUUACAGCUUUGAUAUUUCAGAAAAAUAUUUCGGAAGAUUUUACCUCACAAACUGUUUUGAUGAUUAUUUCAAUGACAGUCCCAUAAUAGUGUUUGUUAUGCAGAAUUGCAUUUAUGUAGAAUGAAGUGGUGGAUAAGAAAAUCUUCUGGUUGAAUACAGCAUUUCUACCAUUUUGAGAAUACUUUCCACUUCCUAGCCAAAGAUGCGGAUUGCUUGUUUGCCCCGAAAAGCGAGGCAUCAAUGGGUCAUUUUCCUGGUUUUGUUUUGCUUGCUAGGUGUUUACCUCACAUAUCGACGCAUGGCUGUCUCCAAAUUUGGCCCUAAAAAUCCUCAAAGACCUCGCAAGGAUGCCAACUUCGAACAAAUCCAAGCUGAGCUGAAAAAUCAAGUUAAGAAAGACCUUAAGCUUGGCAAAAUUGUUAUAGACCCAAGUGCUGAAUCAAAGGUUAUAAAGCCAGAGGAUAGACUUGUUAAUGGUAGGAAAGCUGAUCGGAAACCAGAAGCUCCUGAAGCAAUACCAGCUGGAAGGGUGUUAGUAAAUGAUGAUGAUUAUAUUUCAAAUGAGGAAAAGCUUGCACGGUUGAAAUUAUUGGUUUUGCAGUUGAGUCCGGCUGAUUGGAAAUCGGCGCCUGAUCCCGAUGAGAUGAUUUUGCUGACUAAGUCUGAAUUCAUGGACCUUGAUAUUAGCAGUCAGCUUAGUUGUAGAGAAAUUGACAUGUUGGUUUCAAAUAACAGACAGAUGGGACAUUAUGGAAAGAAAUUCAUAGAUUACAUGAAACUGAGUAGAACUUCAGAAACAGAAAUGGCGCUUAAGAGUGUAGGAAAUGAUCAGCAGUUUAAAAUCUCAUGUAUGAAACAGGACUAUAAUAUUGAUCGAUGCCAAUCUAUGGGAAAUUACAAACUCGUAAAGGAAUUGGUCCUCCUAAAUGUCUUGGAGCACCCAGCCCUUAUUAAAGUUCUGGGAUUCUGCUUGAGAGGGGAUACUAUCGAUAUGAAGGUGAACAAGAAGGGCGUGGUUGUGGUGACGGAGAUUGGCAGGGUGAUUGAACAGGGCACACUCAGCUCAAUGCCUUGGCCUGCUAAACUUCAGAUGGCAAGACAGGUCCUUAACCUGCUUCAAUACCUUGAAGGGAGCCCCUUAGGAUCGCUGGGUUUUGACCAACUGCAGACGCAUGAUUUCCUCAUAGUCGGCUCAUCCAAUCUGCGCCUUAUUGACCUGGAUAAUCUCAACAUUGGGGAGCCAUCCUGCACAACUGACAGUGAAUGUCGAGUCUCUAAAGGAUGGGAUACUGGUAUUCGUUGUGUGAACAAUAUCUGUAAGGGCUUUAACUCCCAGAAGAACUUGAAGCUUGUGAUAACAGCGAUUAUCUUGCCUCUACUACAACACGCCCCCAGCGGGUCACAGAAAGAGGUGGACCAGUUUCUUGACAAGGUCAACAAUUUCAAGGUGACCUCUGUGGAUGCACGGAAAUGGGUGAUGGACCAGAUUAAGAAAGCUGAGCAAGACCUGAAUCUGGGUGCAGAUCUUAUGGGAGGAUCCUGGGACGGUCAAGGUCAGAAUUCAGACAACCACGACAAGAGGGCCCACCAAGGGGAUUCCGUUGGACAAGGGCCAGGGAAAACUGUGGGCUGGGGGAAACAGCCCGGGGAUGAUCCACUCAAAUUUGAACCCUUACAGAACAAUAACCUACCUGACGCGAAUGAUGGAGCAAAGUUUGACAGGUUGCCAAAUGCUAAUUUCCCAGGUCGCUUUGACUACCGAUGUGCGCGGUCUCGCGUAACAUGGGGCUGUGUUCUCACUGUGGCGAGCUUAGACGACGCUAAACAAACUUGCCUGCUAGAUCCGAUGUGCCAGGCAUUUGUCGUCUUUUCACAGAAUCCAGAAAAUGAUGCUAUGAUGACAGCAGUGAUGAAGAACUCUGUUGACAGUGCUCCGGAUGAGAAUUAUGGGGCGACAAUGUUUCGGAAACGUCCGAAGAAGUCCAAAGUAACUUCUAAGCCAAAGGAAAAUAACGCCGAUGGUGGCAACAAUACCAGGGAGUCUUGUAUUGCAAGAGUUCUUGAUCAUAUGGAGAGUGGGCGGGCUCGACGAGAGAAACGAUUGUAUACGCAUCUUGGAAUGAAAGACAUUCCUGAGAAGACCUGGCUGCAGUUCGCAUAUACACUAAUGUUUUCCCACAACCUAGGCCCGUCUCAGCUCUCAAUUAAUUCUACGCGUGGUGGCAGACUAAAGCUUCAGUUUGAUGAAAAUGCUGUUGGGUUAAAGCGUGGUGAAUACAUGCUAGAAUAUGGUCGCCACCACUACCAUGUUGCCUACCUGGCUCUGUACCACCUUGACAGGAUACUCGGGCUGUAUCAUGUUCCACCAGCAAUAGCAAGGGCCAUGUCAAAGGCAGAGUAUACAGACAUUACUGGACACCGGGACCACAUGGAAAAACUAGCCAAUUUUAGCACAAAGGAAGGCAGAUGGUUACAGGGAGUGUUGACUGCUGCCAUUCCUCCCGUAAUGAAGUUGGAGAAGUUAACCGUUCCCCGUCUCGAGACAUUACCCAGUGAUAUUCCCGAAUUUUCUCGUACACAGAAACUUCAGCUCGAGUAUCUACUAUUGGCCACCAUGUCCAAGAUGGGUCAACCAACAAAGGGCUAUUAUGGCUAUAAAGGCCAUUUGAUCCAUUUUGAAGCUGACCUGGCCUUCACAAACAGUAAGAAGCUGCCCAUGGACUAUUUCUACAACUGUCAAUUUCCAAACACUGUUUACAAGACCCUAAACUGCUACAGAUGCUCUGAGGACAAGAAAAUGGCCAAGAUCUGUGGUCUUGGAGCAGAGGUCGUACAAAGAAUAAAGAACGCUGGCUUCACUGACUCAGAGGUCAUGGUCGGCAGCCUUAGUGCACGUGACCUUGCCAAUAUGAUAGAUAACUCUGCAUCUUCUGUGCUUCAUGUUGUUGAACAUUGCAUAAGGUCUUUCUCACGCGAAGAAGUCAUAUACUGAAUGGUCAUGGUACUUAGAUGUUGUAAGUUUCAACGAAAAAUAAUUCACAACGCCGAACUGCCCAGAUAUAAAUCUGUUAAACAAUUGGAGAUAUUCGAUUGUUUCAUGAUAACCCUGGACAAACCACACAUGUGAAUGGAUUAAAUUAUAUAUUUGUCAACAAAGUAGAUGAUUAUUGACGGCAGUCGUAAUCUGAUUUAGCCUAAUAUCAAUUGCUUAGAAUAAGCAAAAUUGUAUUUUCUGCUGAUAAGCCACAUGCUUGAGCAAGAUUGUAUACAUAACACUACAAUUGAAUUGUUCUAGAAUCUGAGGCAUUUGAUAUUGUUUAUUCGCCAUUGUUUGUGGGAAUUAUAAGGCCAUUGUUUAAUCAGAAUUUGGCCCCAAUUUCUGGUAAUAUCUUAGUCCCUUAAAGUAUAACAGGAUUACCGGUAAGCCAGGCUCAAUAUCUUUUAUGUUUUUCUAUGAUUUGCAUAAUAUUUACUUCUUUAAGAAGUUUUAGGUUUAAUUAUGAAUGCUCUUUAUGAUCAUCAUAAUGAACUGUUUUGCAUUUAUCAAAAUCAAAUUUAAGUUCUUAAUUUGGCUUAUUGAAAUACGCUACUUAAGCCUGUUAAGCUUAAGUACUUUUUAGAAAAUUUGGUGAGCUUCAGGAAAAAUGAUCUAACAAAACAAAUCUGUUUGUAUGGAGGUGCUAUCAUUCAUAGGUUGACCACUUCCAUUGCUAUACUUCUGUUGAACAGAAGAUUUAAUAAUUUUAAAUGCAUGGUUAAGAAUCUCUAUUCAGUGUCAUUCUUUGAAAUUGACAGGUUAUGAGCUUUGCAUAUAUGUACAUGUACACUGGAAUUCUGGGGAUAACAUGGAAUUUUUAGCCUAUCUCUAUUUGAAGAUGAAAAUUUGAUGUAUUGAGAUAGUCCUGGUGUUGUUGUUGAAGUUCUUGUUGGCUCAAACUGGAUAUAAAGGAACGAUUUUUGUUAAACUGAAUGUAAGCAUUCCCUCUUGGCUCAAAUUUUCUAAGGCUCAAAGUAUUUUCAAAGAGUUUGAGCCAAUGGGGUUUUAUUGUAUGCUCUACAUAUGAACAUGGUUUUUAAAAAGUUAUAAACAGUUCAAGUGAUUUAAUAUAAGUAUUUCAUGUCUCAUCAGUCAAAGAAUGGUUAUGAGGUAGAAAAUCGUAAUAUAUUCUUAACAGUACUAGCUCUGAGUACAAAUCAGUUGGAACUGCUAUAUUAUACAGGCAUAAGAAUCUUCAGUGGAUCAGCUCAUUUCAGCUGUUUGUGCAAAAAAUGAUUUCAAAACGUCUUGGAGCUGGUCUGAAAUGUUCAAAAUUGAUUAACUUUUGUUUUUUUAAAUGGGUGACACCGUUUUCAGCAGAUUUUGUCACCAAGCAUUCACAUCCCUGAUUAUAUAGAUAUGGCAGAUUUAGGGGGAUACUUGAGGGUACAUGUACAUGCGUUUGUAUUUGCGUAUUUCCAUUUCAUGAAUUUGUUAUGGAUAUAACUGGAAUUUAAUUAUGCAUAUUUUUCAUGUUUUAUGGCUUUGUGGGCAAUUGAACUGAGCCUUAGAUAAAUUUGUUCAAAGGUUUAAAGAUACUGAUUUUUACUGUUUAAAUAAUUUAUCUUAUUGUAGAUCAAUUGAAACAAAAAAGAAUGUAGCUGCACUUACCUGCAAACAGUGUACAUGCUUUUUAUAUACGUUGUCAUUCUACAUAUUCACUAAUUGAGAACAAAUUCGAAAGUUGUGCAAAUCUUAAGAAAUGGUAUCAUACAGUUUUGAGGUAUGACUUAUUUCAUUUAAUAGUAGCAAAAUUAGUGAGAUAACCAAUACUGUGUUUUAUUAUUUUAUUGAUUACUUGUAUGAUAAUGGGUUGACUUUGUAUGUUACUGCAUUUAAAUCUGACGCAUUCUACUUUUGUUUGAUUUUGUUUUUUGUAUUUCAUUGUAGUAUUUUGUGCUUUGUGUGAUAUUUUUAAUAUUCUAACAAAAUGUGUAAAAGUGUAAAAGAUGUUAUAAUUUGUUUUGUUUUCGAACAAAUCUAUAUUUUUAUAAAAUUUAAUUUAAUGGACAAAGUUAUUGAAUAUUAUUGGUGCAUAAUGAUUAAAAUAUUGGACUGUAUUAACAAAUAUAUUAUAUUUUACUAACCUGCCAAUUUUAUUUUAUUAUUUUUAUAUUUUUUCAAACUAUAAUUGGCUCACAUAUUAACAGUUCCGAAAAGCAAUUUAGCCAUGUCUACGAAAAAUAGUGCAUCAGUUAAAAUAGAUUAUGAUUUUUAUUUUCUAAAAUUAAUGCAAUGUAGAACAUUCAGGUUGUAUGCAUAUUUUUAGCUUCUUAGUGAAAUAUUUUGACAUAAUGAAAAAAGUUGAAUUUAAUGAAAACUAACAAUGUUCUAACACCAAAUUAUGAAAAUAAUUUAGGAAAAUAUCCAAAUAGGUAAGGCAUACAAAUAAAUUUGAUAAAAAGUAGAAGGACCUUAAAAUAUUUGUUGUUAAGUUGAAAAUUUUCAGGAAGAAAUUUUAUAAAUACAGCCCCUGAUUAAUAGAUUUAUUUGUCUUUUAUUCUGGCUCUAUUUCCUAAAAAUGUGCUUCAUGUAAAUCUGCAUUGUCGGAUACCAACGAUACACUACUAUGCUUUGCUUCGUUAUGUAUCUUGGGCAAUUUGUCAAGGAAAAUCUCGUAAGCAUGAAUAAUAAAUGAAAUAAUAUAUUAAGCAGUUUCAGUGGUUCUGCAAGAUAACAGAUGUUUUCCCAUAGAAAAAUAUUCUAGGGAAAAUUGGAAUUGCCUCUUUUUUUAGACAAUGAAUUUCUUUAGCAGCCAGACUACUUGGCCUUGGAGGCUAAUGACAUUUCAAGGUUAUUGAAGAAUAUUGAGCUGUAACAUGCAAGUUCACUGGAAGGAGAGUUGUCUACCCUGCCUCAUGCAUGUUCAUUAAAAAGAGAUUUUUUCAGUCAUUUGUCCAACGGUACUAAUGAAGUUAAACGGAAUUAAGAACUGUGGUUGCUGCCGAUGUUAAAUCUGUGUAUAACUCAUAUGUGAUGUAUUAUAUGAUCUCACUCCAACUUGACACUUUCUGUGUUUCAUAUCUCUUUUGAUCACUAUGUGAUCUAUAUUAUGAACAUGUACUCAUAAAUUAAGCAUAUUUUUGUAUGUAUAACCAUUAUACUUGGAGGCACAAGUACCACUGUGCACCAUAUGUUUAUAUCCACAAAAUGAAUUUUCCCAUUGCUUCUAAUGUAUUUCAACAUUUUGAGGAUCUGCUACUGUUUCUAAAUGAAUUAAGUUUCAUAAACACACAAUACUCUUUAUAAGUUUGCCAAUUAUAAGUGAAAUUUAGUAAAAUUAAAAUAGAUGGAAAUGUAAUGGAAAUUUGGAAAAAAAUAAAAAUACAUGCAAGUCUAAGGUAAAUUCUGUAAAUUAAAUAUAGAAUGCACUUUUAAUUGAAAUUUGUUCAAACUUAAAUUCAUGCAAGUCUAUCAGAAAUUUGGUAAAACUAAAAUUACAUGCAAGUCUUAUCAGAAAUUUGGUAAAACCUAAAAAUGCAUGCAGUCUAAUGGUUAAUUCGGUAAAACUUAAAAUAUGUGCAAGUCUAUGGUAAAUUGUGUAAACUAAAAAUACAUGCAAGGCUAUGGGAAGUUUGUGUUUGUGGAAAUACGUAUGGUCCAUAAGUGUACAUGUAUGUUGUUACUGACAGUUCUUUGUUGUGAUGAUAUUGUUAUUGUUAAAUCUAUGUUAAUGCUUCACUUGUUUUGUUUUAUUGAUGCUAUUCUUCUGUACAUGUAGAACCACAUUCAUGGAAUUAUAAUGCUGUAAAUCAUAACUGUCUAUUUAAAGGUAUUCUCGAGUUUCCUUCUGUAAUCACAUAUUCUCUCUAUAAGGCUACAAGUAAAACAUAGACUGUUUUGUGUUUAAAAGGAACGCUUUAGAAUUUAUUGAGUAUGCCCCUUUUUGACUGAGUACAUAUGUAGGAAGGCCAUAACUCUGGCUUCAAUAUUUGUUGGGUUAUGCCCCUUUUUGACUGAGUACAUAUGUAGGAAGGCCAUAACUCUGGCUUCAAUAUUUGUUGGGUUAUGCCCCUUUUUGACUGAGUACAUAUGUAGGAAGGCCAUAACUCUGGCUUCAAUAUUUGUUGGGUUAUGCCCAUUUUUUGACUGAGUACAUAUGUAGGAAGGCCAUAACUCUGGCUUCAAUAUUUGUUGGGUUAUGCCCCUUUUUGACUGAGUACAUAUGUAGGAAGGCCAUAACUCUGGCUUCAAUAUUUGUUGGGUUAUGCCCCUUUUUUAACUGAGUACAUAUGUAGGAAGGCCAUAACUCUGGCUUCAAUAAUUGUUUGGUUAUGCCCUUUUUUUGAAGGAAUGGUUGUAACUCUGGCUUCAAAAAAUGUUGAGUUAUUUUGCUUUUUUAUGCAUGAAGUCCCAUAACUGGGGCUUCAAUAAUUAUUGAGUUAUGCCCUUUUUUACUUGGCACAUGUGUAUGAAGGGUCAUUACCCAGGCUUCAAUAAUUAUUGAGUUAUGCCCAUUUUUUACUUGGCACAUGUGUAUGAAGGGUCAUUACCCAGGCUUCAAUAAUUAUUGAGUUAUGCCCAUUUUUUACUUGGCACAUGUGUAUGAUGGGUCAUUACCCAGGCUUCAAUAAUUAUUGAGUUAUGCCCAUUUUUUACUUGGCACAUGUGUAUGAAGGGUCAUUACCCAGGCUUCAAUAAUUAUUGAGUUAUGCCCAUUUUUUACUUGGCACAUGUGUAUGAAGGGUCAUUACCCAGGCUUCAAUAAUUAUUGAGUUAUGCCCUUUUUUACUUGGCACAUGUGUAUGAAGGGUCAUUACCCAGGCUUCAAUAAUUAUUGAGUUAUGUCUUUAACAUCAUGAGAAAAGGAUAAAUGUACAUAUAGCUUAAAAGAGAAUGGAUUUCAUCCUUUCUAGGCAUUGCAAUAAUUACAGAAAUUCUGUGGUUUACUAUUUAUUCUUGCUGAUAGGGUUGUUGUCCGUAUGUCCUUAAUGCUGGAGGAUCACGCAAUAUAAAGGAGAUUAAGUCAUCUUUCAUUAAUUUAAAUCCUUUGUCAAUUACAACCUUUUAGUUAGGAAUUAAAAGCAAUUUUCACAUUAGCAAAAAGCCCUGUGAUCUUAGGCUAUCUAAUGAGGCAGAAUUAAUUUCACAGACUUCUAAAUGAAAGUUAAGCCCAUCAUUUAUACAAGCAAUAAUAUUCCAUUUUCAGAUUUUGUUUCCAUAGUUUAUCUGACAUUUGUAUAAUUACAUACAGUUUUUGACUGAGUGCAGACUUUUAUCCUUUUCCACAAGAUAUAAAUGUGCAGUUGAUUCCUCGGCUAAUUUUCCAUCGAGAACAACCUUGGAUGUAUGUUGAUCCAUUAUAUACAGCCUGUUCAUUAAGAUGUCUUCUUAUAAUUAUCACAGUGGCUUAUUUAUUUCAUAUAUAAUCAAAAGUGUACUAGAAUGAAACAUUGUUCCUCAUGUUUUUAAUGAUAAUAUUCUUAUAGUAAUAUGAAAAUGCUCAUAAACUGUGUUACUGCCACUGUCUACGUUCUAUCUACAUUCCAUAAAUGCCAUAUCAGAUUUCAAAGAGUUUAAUUAUUACUGGUAAUAUAAAUGCUUGUAACUCGCUAACAAUGAUUGAAUUAAUGGCUUGACCCAACCAAUCCAUAAAAUAACUUUUGAUUCAAACAUUUAAAAAAACACCUUUUGGAAAGUUUUUUUCUCUCUGAAAACAACUAUUUCUGUCCAAGCUGUGAGUUAAAAUCAAUGUGACCUUAUCAAAUAUGUUGUAAAUGGUGAUAUUGUUGUGUCAAGCAAAAAGGUGUCUUAAAAUAAAAAUGACAUUGUGAGGUGGUAUGUUCUUACUCCUUGAACAGAAUUGUGUUUUCCAGUUGGUGAUGGGUAUUUUAGAGGUCAAGGGUACUUUCAUUAAGGUAUGAUAAAUAUGUUUAAAAAAAUAAUGUAAAAUAGCUUUAAAAAAGUAACCAUGACCUUUCAUACCCAUCACAAACUGGGUGCCGCAGUUGUAGUAUUAGUAGCAAAAAACUAUGAUAUUGUAUUGUUUGCGAACAAGAUCUAUUACUGCUUGUUAUGGAUUGUUUGUAUCAACCUUGAAAGAAAUAGAUGUCUGAAUUAAAAUGUCAAUAUUAUUUCUUAAGGAAAUAUAUUUGCUAUGGGAUAUUUGUCAAUACCAAAUACUUUAUAAAUAAUUAUAAUUAUAUUUACUAAUGGCGGCAAUGGUAAUUCAUUUUAUGCAAUUAAAUAUUCUCCUAUUGAAUUUUUAAUGUGCAUAAUAAUCUCUUGACUACUUUAAAUGUAUGCUGCAUAAUACAUUUAGUAAUAAUGCUCAAGAUUCUAGAAUUUCCAGCGUUAUCUGAGUUAUAGAUGAAAAGUAUGAUAGCUGUUUGCUUGCAUAUUUAAUAAUGCAUUACUAAAACAAAUGUUAAAAGAGAAGAGAGUUCCUUUACUUGAGAGAAAAAAGGGCGUAUUGUUAAAAAAAUAAUCCAAAAUUAAUAACAAUGUUGACAUCAUCAUUGUUAACUUUCAUAUCUUUAAUGCUCUCGAAGUUUAAUGGAUACACGUGUAAUCCGCUGCAUUUAGAACAAUGUAUGUUUAAAUUUAAAUGUAUUUGCACAUCAUCAAAUAGUUCAUGUUAUAAAGUUAACAUUGAUGUCGUCAAUCACGUCAUUGGCUUUAACAAGUUCUGAAGAAUCAGCCUAUUGUCUGAUAUUAAAGAUAAACAAUUUGAGAGAUUUGAAAUUCAAUGAACUGAUUGUUCAGAGCUUCAGUAAAGUUAACAACAUUGUCAAUAGCUUCAUUGUUAACAUUAAAAGGUGAACUAUUUGUGAUCUGCUCAUAUGUUUUUCAAUCAAACACAGCUGAAACAGACAUAUGGAACCUUGUUAGAAUACUGCAGAAUAAAUUGUUCCAUGAGAAAUUAAGAGUAAAUUUAUUUUUAAAGUUAACAAUAGUGUAGUUAAAGAUGUUGUUAACUUUACCAAUGUCCUAUUGACAAUUACCAGACCUCUUGUGAAUCAUGAGGGAUAGAGUGGUUGUCGGUGUGAGCUUAACCAUGGCACAUUCUCAUGGCCUCUCAAAACGGAAUCCAGUAAUGGUAUCUACUUCUCAAAUGAAUUUAGGUGAUAAUAUAAACUACAGUCUUUGUCACUAAUAAGCUAAAUCAAAUUAAGAUCAAAUUGAGGUUGCAGAAUUUCAAUUUUGAAAUUUACUAAGAAAUAUUGGUGACAAAGUAUUUUCUCUUUCUAUAUUUAAGUAUGUUAUAUUUGUUGUCCUGUUUUGUUUUGGCUGGUUAUAAUGACUCAAAAUCAUAUGUGCUUUUUUCCAAAGCGAAUUGUUAAAUUGAUAUUUAUUUUGCUAUUUUGACAUUGUAUAAUCUGGUACAUUUAUUAACUUUGUUUCUGUGCGAUUCUUAUUUAAAUAGAAAGGUGGUGAGAUUUCAAUCACCUUAGUGACCUAUGUAAUUAUUCCAGAUGUUUGUGUUUUUGUAAGUCUUUUUUGUUGCAUAUAUAUAUAUAGAUAUAUAAACUAAUAAAUUAGGUUGUCAGAGGGGGUUUUAACUUUGCUGUAUUAAAAAUCUUAAAAAAUAAAUAUUUAG